AUGGCCGCGGUGCUCUCGCUCGCCGCCCUGCACCCGGUGCUCUCGCUCGCCGCCCUGCACCCGGCUUCGCCGCGUCAUGAGAGCCGUGCCUACCGCUCGCCGCUCUUCUCUCGCCGCUCGGCCGUGCUCGCGCCGCUCGCCACGCUGCUCGCCUUGCCGCUCUCCGCUGUGCCUGCCUCAGCCCGCUCCUACAAGGGCGACGACCCGCUAACGCUGAGGCUACGGCAAUCACGGGAGGAGCUUGCCGCCUGCGGCCCACUGCUCGAGCAGCGGCGGUGGGAUGAGGUCCGCAAAGUCACGUCCGUGCUCCUCGCGGCGAUGACCUUCAAGGGCUACACCGGCGAGUCGGCGGAGCUCACCGGAGCCGUCUCCGAGCUCGACGCGCUGCUGCCAGAGAUGGGGAGCGACGCCCACCGCCGCAGCCUGGCCGCCCCGCUGCACCUGUGCGACAGCUGGGUCGUCGCCGGCGUGUGCGAGAUCCUGCCACAGAGCAAGAGCCUCGGCGACCUCGUCGGGAGGUACACCUUCUGAUGAUCUGAUGAGAGAUAUCGAGAGGGUGUGGCGCUGGGCCCGUAUACAUGAAUAUACAG